AUGGUUCAACAAAUCCCAUCUGUCCUGAACACGCCACUCAAUGUCGUACUGUAUAUAUAUGCGGUGUCUGUUGUGGUGGACAUUAUUUGUCGAUAUAAUCAUACUGUAAACGUUCCACCAUAUAUGCCAUGUUGACUAACUGUUGUGUGUUAUUUACAGGGUAUGCCUGAUCGCAUGUUAUGUGCAGUGCUGGAACAAUUUCAGCUUUACUUUUCCCGUUGGUAUGUGCGCUUUGUUUCAGUUAGUGUGUCAUAUCCGUGUAUUAUCGUUCACUGUGAGAAUGGCCCUUACCCCAUACUAUAUGCAACCUCGAUAUUGGUCGGCUCUAGGUGUGUUUUUAAUGGUGAAGAUCAAGUGUGAUCUUUGCAGCAGGUCAAGGGGAAGGUAAGGUUAUAUUUGUGUGACGUGAUACAGCGUCUUGUGUUCUCCUUGUGCUUAAUUGUUUCCCACAGUGGCCAUGCGACACAACAGCUCAUAACGCCUGAUUCACUCCCUCUAUAGCACGGCAAGUCCCAGCAUGCUGAAGAGGAAGCAGAGCUCGCGCGUCGAAGCGCAGCCGAUGACCGACUUUGGGCCUGAUGAAACGCUCACGGACAGCGCUGAUAUUCUUUGGAUCAACAAAGCAUGGGUGCACUCUUUACUGCGAGCCUGCGCAAUAAUCAGUGUCAUCUCCGUCUGCAUGAACACCCCAAAGACUUUCGAGCACUAUCCCCCGCUGCAGUACGUCACCUUUACUCUGGACACGCUGCUCAUGUUCCUCUACACUGCCGAGAUGAUCGCCAAGAUGCACAUCAGGGGCAUCGUCAAGGGAGAUAACUCCUACGUUAAAGACCGCUGGUGCAUGUUUGAUGGUUUCAUGGUGGUCUUUCUUUGGGUGUCUCUUGUGCUCCAGGUGUUUGAAAUAGCUAAGCUUGUGGAUCAGAUGUCAACGUGGAGAAUGCUGCGUAUACCCAGGGCACUCAUAAUGAUCCGGGCAUUUCGGAUCUAUUUCAGAUUUGAGUUGCCACGCACUCGCAUAACCAACAUUCUCAAGCGAUCUGGAGAGCAGAUCUGGAGCGUGUCCAUAUUUUUGCUUUUCUUCCUGCUCCUUUAUGGAAUCCUGGGGGUUCAAAUGUUCGGCCCGUUCAACUAUCACUGCGUUACGAAUGAUACAAAGAUAUAUAAUGUCACGUGGAACAGCCUUGCCAUUCCUGACACUCACUGCUCUCCAGAUGGGGAGGGAUACCAGUGUCCCAUGGGAUUUGAUUGCGUUAACUUGGAGGACCUGGGCCUCAGUCGACAGGAGCUGGGCUACAGCGGCUUCAACGAGCUGGGCACCAGCAUAUUUACAGUGUAUGAGGCUGCAUCUCAGGAGGGCUGGGUCUUCAUCAUGUACCGUGCUAUUGACAGCUUCCCACGCUGGCGUUCCUACUUCUACUUCAUCACGCUUAUCUUCUUCCUUGCUUGGCUGGUCAAGAAUGUCUUCAUAGCUGUGAUCAUUGAGACAUUUGCUGAGAUCCGGGUUCAGUUUCAACAAAUGUGGGGCUCCAGAAGCAGCACUACAUCCACAGCGACUACUCAGAUGUUUCAUGAGGAUGCGUCUGGAGGAUGGCAGCUUGUGGCUGUGGAUGUUAAUAAACCACAUGGUCUUGCUCCUGCCUGCCUCCAGCACCUGAUGGGUUCGUCUAUGUUCCACAUGUUUAUCCUGAGUAUGGUGGCCAUGGAUGUGAUUGUGGCCUCCAGCAACUAUUACAAGGGCAAGAACCAUAAAAAGGACUAUGAUGAGUUCUACCUGGCGGAGGUUGCUUUCACAAUGCUGUUUGAUCUGGAGGCUCUUUUAAAAAUCUGGUGUCUGGGCUUCACCGGGUACAUCAGCUCUUCUCUACACAAGUUUGAGUCUCUGUUAGUUGUGGGCACUACUCUGCACAUCUACCCUGACCUCUACCACUCCCAGCUUACCUACUUCCAAGUGUUGCGAGUGGUCCGCUUGAUCAAGAUCUCUCCUGCGCUGGAGGAUUUUGUUUACAAAAUCUUUGGUCCAGGAAAGAAGCUGGGCAGUCUGGUGGUGUUCACAGCGAGUCUACUCAUAGUCAUGUCUGCUAUCAGUCUACAGAUGUUCUGCUUCGUGGAGGACUUGGAUCGCUUCACCACCUUUCCACGGGCCUUCAUGUCCAUGUUUCAGAUCCUUACUCAGGAAGGUUGGGUGGACGUCAUGGAUCAAACCCUGGUAGCAGUGGGACGAGUGUGGGCUCCAGUGGUGGCCAUUUACUUCAUUCUUUAUCACCUGUUUGCUACGCUGAUCCUGCUCAGUCUGUUUGUAGCUGUGAUUCUGGACAAUCUUGAGCUUGAUGAGGACUUAAAAAAGCUAAAGCAGCUGAAGCAGAGUGAGGCCAACGCUGACACAAAAGAGAAACUCCCGUUGCGCUUGCGUAUAUUCGAGAAGUUCCCCAACAGACCACAGAUGGUGAAGAUCUCUAAGCUGCCGUCAGAUUUCACUGUGCCCAGGAUCAGGGAGAGCUUUAUGAAGCAGUUUAUAGACCGGCAGCAGCAGGACCCCAGCUGUCUGUUCCGCAGGCUGCCGUCCGCCUCAUCUUCCUCCUGUGACCACUCCAAGAGGUCGGCCAUUGAGGACAAUAAAUACAUUGAUCAGAAGCUGAGGAAAUCAAUAUUCAGCAUCCAUGCUCGCAAUCUCUUGGAAAAAGAAACAACCGUCAAUAAAAUCCUACGAGCCUGCACCAGACAGCGCAUGCUGAGCAGCUCCUUUGAGGGCCAGCCGACUAAAGAGCGUUCCAUCCUCAGCGUGCAGCAUCAUAUUCGCCAGGAGCGCAGGUCUCUCAGACACGGUUCCACCAGCCAGAGGAUCAGCAGAGGCAAAUCUCUAGAGACACUUACUCAAGAUCAUUCAAGCACUGUACGUUAUCGCAAUGCUCAGAGAGAGGACAGUGAGAUCAAGAUGAUCCAGGAGAAGAAGGAGCAGGCUGAGAUGAAACGAAAAGUUCAAGAAGAGGAGCUGAGAGAGAAUCAUCCUUACUUCGACAAGCCGCUGUUUAUCGUGGGAAGAGAACACCGUUUCAGAAACUUCUGCCGGAUGAUCGUGCGGGCCCGCUUCAACGCCUUGAAAACAGAUCCUGUAACAGGAGCAGUGAAGAGCACAAAAUAUCAUCAGUUAUAUGAUCUGCUUGGCUUGGUCACAUAUCUGGAUUGGGUAAUGAUUGUGGUUACCAUCUGUUCUUGCAUCUCCAUGAUGUUUGAGUCUCCGUUCACCAGGGUCAUGCAUGUGCCAACUCUUCAGAUAGCUGAGUACGUGUUUGUCAUUUUCAUGAGCAUUGAGCUGACCCUGAAAAUCAUGGCAGACGGUCUGUUCUUCACCCCUACUGCAGUCAUCCGAGACUUCGGUGGAGUCAUGGACAUUUUCAUCUAUUUAGUCAGUCUGAUCUUCCUGUGCUGGCUACCAACCAACGUGCCUCCAGAAUCAGGUGCUCAGCUUCUGAUGAUGCUGCGCUGCUUGCGUCCUCUGCGCAUCUUCAAGCUGGUGCCUCAGAUGAGGAAGGUGGUGCGAGAGGUCCUCAAAGGAUUCAAAGAAAUCUUCCUGGUGUCCAUUCUUCUCCUGACAUUAAUGCUGGUCUUUGCGAGCUUCGGAGUACAGCUCUUUGCUGGAAAGCUUGCCAAAUGUAAUGAUCCUGAUAUUAUUGACGAGAAAGACUGCCAUGGCAUCUUCAGAAUUAACGUGAGCAUCUCUAAAAACCUCAACCUAAGGCUCAGACCAGGAGAGACAAAACCUGGAUUUUGGGUCCCUAGAGUGUGGGCAAAUCCUCGCAACUUCAACUUUGACAACGUAGGCAAUGCCAUGCUGGCUCUCUUUGAAGUCUUGUCUCUGAAGGGAUGGGUGGAGGUCAGAGAUGUAAUUAUACAUCGAGUGGAUCCAACCCAUGGCAUCUACAUCCAUGUCUUCGUGUUCCUGGGCUGUAUGAUUGGCCUCACGCUGUUUGUAGGGGUUGUAAUAGCUAACUUUAAUGAAAACAAGGGUACAGCUCUGCUGACAGUGGACCAGAGGAGAUGGGAAGAUCUGAAGAGCAGGCUAAAGAUUGCUCAGCCACUACACCUUCCCCCACGUCCAGAGAACGGUGGUCUCCGUGCCAAGAUGUAUGACAUCACGCAGCACCCUUUCUUUAAGCGAGGCAUAGCAGUGCUGGUCUUAGCCCAGUCUGUGCUACUGUCUGUUAAAUGGGAUGUGCAAGACACAGUAGUGACGGUUCCCCUGGCAACCAUGUCUGUAAUUUUCACAUUCAUCUUCGUCCUAGAGGUCACUAUGAAGCUGAUAGCCAUGUCGCCGGCUGGGUACUGGCAGAGCCGAAGGAACAGAUAUGACCUGCUGGUUACGUCGCUCGGCGUCAUAUGGAUCAUUCUGCACUUUUCAAUACAGAAUGCCUAUACCUACAUGAUGGGCACUUGUGUGAUAGUGCUGAGGUUUUUCACCAUAUGUGGGAAACACGUGACUCUUAAGAUGCUGCUUCUGACGGUGGUGGUCAGCAUGUACAAGAGCUUCUUCAUCAUAGUGGGCAUGUUCUUACUGCUCCUUUGUUACGCCUUUGCCGGAGUGGUGCUCUUUGGCACUGUCAAAUACGGAGAGAACAUUAACAGACAUGCAAACUUCUCUACUGCAGGAAAGGCCAUCACGGUGCUGUUCCGCAUCGUCACAGGUGAAGACUGGAAUAAGAUUAUGCAUGACUGCAUGGUACAGCCACCGUUUUGCACACCAGACAUGCUCCGCUACUGGGAGACGGACUGUGGAAACUACGCCGGUGCCCUUAUUUACUUCUGUUCGUUCUACGUCAUCAUCGCCUACAUCAUGCUGAACCUGCUCGUUGCUAUCAUCGUGGAGAACUUCUCUUUGUUCUACUCCACGGAGGAGGAUCAGUUGCUAAGCUACAACGACCUGCGGCACUUUCAGAUAAUAUGGAACAUGGUGGAUGACAAGCGGGAGGGUGUGAUUCCCACCUCCAGGGUGAAGUUUCUGCUGCGACUGCUCAGAGGCCGGCUGGAGGUGGAUCUGGACAAAGACAAGCUGCUCUUUAAGCACAUGUGCUAUGAGAUGGAGCGACUGCACAGUGGUGGAGAUGUUACCUUCCAUGAUGUGCUGAGCAUGCUGUCCUACCGCUCAGUGGACAUCAGGAAGAGUCUGCAGCUGGAAGAGUUGCUGGCACGAGAACAGCUGGAAUACACCAUCGAAGAGGAGGUGGCCAAACAGACCAUCCGCAUGUGGCUGAAGAAGUGCCUCAAGCGCAUCCGAGCCAAGCAGCAGCAGUCAUGCAGCAUCAUUCUGAGUCUGCGUGAGAGUCAGAAGCAGGACCUACGUCGCCUACUCAACCCACCCAGUAUUGAAACUACUUUGCCUAGUGACGAAGCCAACACCAAUAACCAGGACAACCCUACACAGCCUGAGCAGAACAGUGGCUUGCAGACUCUGCUGAGCCCUACUCUGUCAGACCGUAGCAGCUACAGGCAAGACUCUACAGAUCGCCCCCAGAGGAAGCUGGGGCAGUGGAGACUGCCCACAGGACGCACCAGCGUGAAGUCCAUGGUGUGCAAGAUGAACCCAGUAAACGACGAGGCCUCCUCGGGCUCAGAGGUUAAAAAGUGGUGGACUCGACAGUUAACCGUGGAGAGCGACGAGAGCGGUGAUGACCUCAUUGACAUUUGAGGGACCAUAGUUCAAGCGUACACACGCUUCAGCACCAUGGUAUAUGCUGUCAGGAUGAGCUCUUUCUGCUCGUUGCCCAGCUUUAGCUCUUUGCCAGAGUAAUGUCCAAUAAAGGCUCCUGCCUGUUAGACAAAUUGAUGGCUACUGGUGAAGAUAUAUGCAUUUGAACAUGCUUAAAAUAUGCAUUGUUGAAGUAUGCACAUGCGAAGAGAAAUCUGUAUUCCAUUAAAAAACAUUUUUGUUUAAAUAUAUUUUUCUUCUCCAAUUGGCUUCCCAGAAACUUGGUUCCAAGGCCAUUUCGAAAGCAAGCUUCCAUUUGUGGUUUAAUAGAGGUUUAUAAAAGACCCAUUCACCCUUUUAUAUAUUAUGAAUUCAUUACCAUUAACUGAGGAAAUGUGUAUUGAUUUAUACUCAUCAUAGUUUUUUUUUUAAAGCAAGCCGUUCUUGCUCGGCUACGUCUGAGAACACAUCGUCAUUGGAGGAAGAGCUCUGUAAGCUUUAGUGUUAGUAAUGUAGCCACACAAAGAGUAGAUGGUGUGAGCCCUCAGGAAACGUAACAGAACUGUAAUUUGAGACCCAAAUGCAAUGUUUACGGCGACAGAGUUUUAGUGUCAAUAUGCGUUCUUCUAUGUCUACGUUCAAGUCAUACAGAUUUACUCUGUCACUGUUUUGUCUUUGUGCCAGUGUUUUUCUUCUUUACUUUACCUCCAAGGCUGCUCCUGAGUUGCUGCAUUUCUAAAUGUCUUGUCAUGUGUAUCUGGUACAGUGAGCGACUGUCUUCACACUGCAGACAAGACCGUGAAUGUACCUUUGUGUGUUCAGGCUAUCUGUGCAAAAUCUUACUAAUAAUAGUAUUACAAAAAAAUCAUAUUAAGUUAUUUAAUAGAUAAAAUAAGCAUAUCAUAAAUCUAUUUUGUAAAA